AUUGUUCUCCAAACUCUGCUGGCCUUUGCAGUUACCUGUUACGGGAUUGUGCAUAUUGCAGGAGAGUUUAAAGACAUGGAUGCUACUUCAGAGCUAAAAAAUAAGACAUUUGACACAUUAAGGAACCAUCCAUCCUUUUAUGUAUUUAAUCACCGGGGCAGAGUGUUAUUCCAGUCCCCAGACACUGUCCACUCUUCCUCCAGCCAGGAUGCUUUGUCAUCCAGCACAUCACUGAAGUUGCGAAAACUUGAACCUCUGCACCGCUAAACGAGUUUUUUUUUAUAGACAAUUCUAAAAAUAGGACACUGAGCUGUAAUAUUGGAGCUGGAUAUAAACUUUUUUUUUUUUUAAAUUUCUGGAGCAGUAUUUAUAUUGACCUUCCAGGCUUUAUAGUAAUGUGUGUGUGCGCCUGUGUAUACGCACUCGCGCAUGCACACAUACAUGAAUAUAUUAAAAAUAUAUUAAAAGGACUUUUGAACACUGGUCACAACUAAAAUUGUGAAUUGGCAAACUAUGAAAGUUACUGCUAAAAUUACGCAGUGAAAUAAUGCAUUUUACCUUUCAUUAAAGCACUAUGGUUAAACUCACUUCUGAAUUAUCAAAAUCUGUGUUACCAAAUGCAGGUGGAGGUUUGAAUGGACUAGAGAAGCACAGAAAUGGGUAUGUUGUAUUCUUUUGCCCCACAGCAAAAUGGUUGCAGGGGGCUUGCCUGCUUUGCUGCCCUCCCUGAAGCUCUCAGCUGAGUCCUUGACACGACGUGGUAAUUUCUGCAUCUCGUUUAUUAGUGCUCUGUGUGUGGAAUAUCUGGCCAGCAGAGCCAGUCAAGAUUAAUCUUUUACAAGUAGGAAUUUAGCCAACAUUUUGCCAAAGGGGUAUGGACUUGAUUUAUCAGUUAGGCAUUGACUGCAGGUUCCCUGAAAUGCUCAGAAAUAAUGAAAACCUGUAUGCUUUUUGAGAAGUCACAAUGGCUGGGCCUUAGGCCAACCAGGACACAGGACUGAUUCAUGACAGCUGUAACCCGUUCACUUCUGUCAUCAAGCUCUUCAUUUAUAUCAUCAUCAAGGUGACAGGCGGCUGGGGGAGACCGAGCUAGGGAGGGGGAAAGUGCUUUAGCAGCAUGUGCAAGGUUUGGGAUUGUGUCUUGUAAUGAUUUGAUUUCAUUUUUUUGAUCGUGCCUUUUGAUUUGGCUCCCACUCAUCGUAGGUGCUUUUAAAAACAGGAUAAAGGCAGAUUGCCCGUAGGGUUCCGGUUUGAGCAACUGAACACGCUCAACUGGUUUUUCCACUGUGCUACAUUUUUUCCCCAAUCCAAUUGUCUGUGAUCACCAGAC